AUGUUAUUUGCUUCAUUGAAUAUCCCUGGUGUAGCGGCUGGAACAGUCAAGAAAAGAGACAGAGAAGCAGGAAAGGCUAUUGAAUCUGUUGCCAAAAAAAGUUGCAAUGAGGCUCUUGAUGAAGAAAUAAAACUGAAUGAUGGGAAAGUUGAAAUAAGAGUUGCGGCUGAUGCUGGAUGGCAAACAAGAUCUAGUGGAAGGAAAUAUAACAGCUAUUCAGGUCACAGUUCACUAAUAGGUGAUAAAUCUGGGAAAAUAGUGCGGUAUGAUUAUAGAUGCAGAAAAUGCAGACUUUGUGAAAAUGCAAAAAGAAAAGGCAUUCAGCCCAUUGACCAUGACUGCAGGAAGAAUUGGGAUGGCUCAGCCAAAGCUAUGGAGCCUGACAUGAUUGUGGGGAUGUUGAAAGACUUGGAAAAAGAUCAUAUCCAUCCACAUGAAUUAGUAAUGGAUGAUGACAGUACGACAAUUUCACAUGCAAGGAAAGAGUCGGAAUCCAGCAAGUUACCUUCCACGGAAUCUUCCAUACAGCAGGUAUCUAACAUGUCCAGAGUUGAAAAAGGACUUGGAAGCCAUUAUUCAGACGUCAAUGAUGAACUGAAUAUGUCUCCUGGAGCCUAUACAGAAAAGGCGGUUGAAAAGAUGGACAGAAAAAGAAAGUUACAGAAGAUAAGACAGAGUAGUGCAGAGUACAAGAAAAGGAGAUGCCAAAUUAGGAAAUCCUCAAGUCAAGAUCAGGGUUGUAAAGAAGUGCGUGAAGGAAAAACAUAUGAAACGUCCGUUGGACUAGAGAAAAUGGAUGAGGAGCAGGACAUCAAUUCCAUUCCAAGUGCCACUGUUGAACCAGAGAGAAUACCACUAAGAAAUACUGAUAGCACAUUUGUUUACUUUGACCUAGAAACAACAGGUUUAGGUUCAUCAGCAGAAAUAUUGGAAAUAGGAGCUGCAAGAGGACAGGAUAUAUUUCAAAAAUACAUAAAACCCAAUGGUACAAUAUCUGCAAAUGCAACUUGUGUGACUGGUCUCCAUAUGAAAAACCAUGAACUUUACUACAGGGAUCAAAAACUUGCAACAACAGACUUGAAAUCAGCACUCCAAAAGUUUUCAGAGUGGCUAUCGGACUCGAAUUCUAACAUUCUUGUGAGCCACAAUGGAUUACGGUUUGACUUUCCAUUAUUUAUUCAAAACAUUAUGUCACAAAAUAUUGUGAUGAAUACAUGUAUUGUCGGCUUUAUCGACACUUUGGAGGUUUUUAAAAAUUCUGAUUUAAAGACACAAACUGGCAGUUUUUCUCAGGAGUCUCUUAUGAGAGAUGCAGGAAUCCAGUCAACAGGGGUUUCUCAUUGUGCUCUAACUGAUGCUAUGGACCUACAAAAUUUAGUGAACUUUCAUAACAUUCCUUUCAACACUCUGUUGAGUCAAAGUGUCAUGUACGAUUAUGUUUUACAGCAUCUAAAGUUUUCUUCAGUAAAGAAUGACAAUUUGAAAUCUCUUGACGUCUUAGUCCAUGGAAAAGUGAUUACAGAAUUUAUGGCAAAUAAAAUUGCAAAAUCUGGUUUGAAUAUGAAUUAUAUUAAACUAGCACACACAAGAAAUGGUGAAGAUGGAGUAAAAAACUUGUUUCAAGAAAUUGUAAAUGGUAAAGCAAGAGUUACAAAGUGUAAGAAAAUAAUCAACUCGGUGUCCAAUUAUUUGUCAAGUCAGUUGUAA